AUGCGUACCGGUGGCAUACUCCACUCCUGGCGCCUGUUGUGUACAUUUCGGAAUUUUCAGGUCAUCCAUUUGUCACUAAUAUGUCUGACGACGGAGUAGUUGUUGAGAAGAAAGGCCGGGGUCGUCCGCCUAAAUCUGAAGAAGCAAAGAAGGCCGAGAAAAGGGCUAAACCUGCAGUUGAAAAAUCAGCGGCAAAAAAGGAAGAUGGUGAAGCUCCGGCUAAAAGAGGAAGGGGAAGACCCAAAAAAGGAACAUCAGCUGCUGCAAAACCUAAGGCCAAGGCGAGUUCUGGUAAAGGCAGAGGACGACCCAAGAAGGACAAGGAAGAGAAGUCUGAAGAGGAAGAAGAAGAAGACGAUGCUGCAGAUGAGGACGAAGGUGAUGAUGAGUGAAUCUACAAGUGAAUCUGUGUUCCUUUAGUGUUUGUGAGAGAAGUUCAUUAUACUGUCAUUGAUUACAAUGUUCCUAUAGUGAUUUAAGUCCAAACAGAAGGUACAUUCCGUUUAGACAAAUAUUGCUCUCAAUGUAAAUGAAGGUAUGGAUUUAGGUUUUAGGUUAGUAUUUUUGUCUCACUAGUGUGACAUUCGUUCAGUAUUAAUUUAUAAGUAAACACAUCAAAUUUUACAUCUUGAAUGUUUUAAUGUACAAAAAAGUUCUCACUCUGGAAGAUUGUUCAAGUACAAUAACUAACAGGUUUUACUCUGGUUUUUCUAACAUUGAUUAGCCUAUCAUCAACGCUUAUGGUAGAAAUUUUAAACAUGCCAUUCUGCCGUGAUAUGAGAAUUAUGUUAAGUUUAGUCUAUUAUACUUCUUUUUUGUAAUUGAAUUUUCUUGAACUUUGAAUAGGCACUCUAAGGUGUGAUUAUUAAACCCUCUGGUAGCCUACUUAAAAAAACAACCAUAUAGCCUACCAUGACCAUGCCAAUUUUACUUGUCACUGCUGUCUAAAGAAAAUUCUCUGAUUCCACGGACAGAAGAGUGUUCUUUAGCUAAUGAUUCCUGUUAUCUAUUAUAAACUUAGUUCUUACCUGUUAAAACUACCAAACCUCUGCUUUUGUAACAUUUUUGUUGGUUAAAGAAUCCAAAAUUUAAACAUCAGCCAACAAUUGGCAUGGAUUAAGAAUAUACUUUCAGUGAUGCUUUUAUGUAGUUAAGUAGUUUUUAUAAUUGUAAAAUGUAUUCUUUAUUAUUUGUGUGGAAAAUAAAUUUUGAGUGCAACACAA